GGGGCAGCGGCGGCAAUGGCCGAGCUGGAGCACUUGGGCGGGAAGCGGGCCGAGUCGGCGCGGGCGCGGCGGGCCGAGCAGCUGCGGCGCUGGCGGGGCUCGCCGACUGAGCAGGAGCCCGCCGACCGGCCGGGCGCGGGGCCGCAGGCUCGGCGCGGGGGCCCGCGGGUCCGCUUCGAGGACGGCGCCGUGUUCCUGGCCGCCUGCUCCAGCGGGGACACCGACGAAGUGAGGCGGCUCCUGGCCCGGGGCGCCGACGUGGACACGGCCAACGUGGACGGCCUGACCGCCCUGCACCAGGCCUGCAUUGACGAGAACCUGGACAUGGUGAAGUUCCUGGUGGAGAACGGAGCCAGCGUCAACCAGCAGGACAACGAAGGCUGGACGCCCCUGCACGCGGCAGCUUCCUGUGGCUACCUCAACAUAGCGGAGUAUUUCCUUAACCACGGAGCCAGCGUGGGCAUCGUCAACAGUGAAGGUGAAGUCCCCUCUGACCUUGCAGAAGAGCCUGCCAUGAAGGACCUUCUUCUGGAGCAGGUGAAGAAGCAAGGGCUGGAUCUCGAGCAGGCGCGGAGGCAGGAGGAGCAGCAGAUGCUGCAGGACGCCCGCCAGUGGCUCAACAGUGGCAGGAUCGUGGACGCGAGGCAGGCGCGCUCAGGGGCCACUGCCUUGCAUGUGGCUGCGGCCAAAGGCUACUCCGAGGUCCUCAGGCUUUUGAUUCAGGCUGGCUAUGAGCUCAACGUCCAGGAUCACGAUGGCUGGACCCCGCUGCAUGCAGCCGCGCACUGGGGCGUGAAGGAGGCCUGCUCCAUCUUGGCGGAGGCCCUCUGCGACAUGGAUGUCAGGAACAAGCUGGGCCAGACACCGUUCGAUGUGGCCGACGAGGGCCUGGUGGAGCACCUGGAGACGCUGCAGAAGAAGCAGAGCGCGCUUCGAAGUGAGAAAGAGACGUGGAAUAAGCUCAUCGAAUCAGACUUGAACAGCAAGCUGCACAGUAGACUCUUUAAGAACAAAGAGAAGAUGCUCUGUGAGGAGGAGACACCCAAGUCCCACCGGAUGGAGGAGGAGAGCAAAGAGUCCAGCAGCUCCAGCUCCGAGGAGGACGAGGGGGAAGACGAAGCCUCGGAGUCAGAGGCCGAGAAGGAGGCGGGGGACCCUGAGGCCGUCGGUCCGCAGACCGCUGGGGGCCGCCGCGUGUCAGAAGAUGACGGGCCAGGCGCCAUCACCCCCAGCCGUCCCAGCCCUGACAGCAGGAGCAGCGUCCCGGAGCAGACCCCCGCACCCCCGCAGAACGCCGUCCCUGCCUCUUCAGCCAGGAGACCCUCCAGCCUCUUGAGCAAGCUGGAAGAGACCAGGGACGAGUCUCCGUGUUCAUGGAGGCUGGGCCUCAGGAAGACCGGCAGUCAGAACGUGCUGAGCGAGGCCGCCGGGGCCAGGGAGGCCCUUCGGGACCGGGGCGCAUCUGUCCACCGCUCGGCCUCCAGUCCGCGCAUUUCCGCCCUGAUGGACAACAGAGAAAAGGAGAGAGAACCCAGAAGCUCCUUGAGUUCACUGGGGCUGCGGAGGCCGGGCAGCACUAGCGACCUUGAGGAGAAGGAGAACAGAGAGUCGGCUGCUAACCUGGUGCGCAGUGGCUCCCAGCCCCGGCAGCCCUGGAGGGACGCCGCCAAGGGGAGCGAGACCCCGCAGACGGGCACUCCCUCGACCUUCGUGUCGACCUUCCUGAAAAGUUACUUUCUUUGCCACGUGCCAGCCAGCGAGCAGCGCAGCUUUGCCAGAGCCCUGAAGCUGACCCCUUACAGGUCCCAGGCUGACUCCACGGCGGAGAGAGCUGACGGCGUCACCUGCAGCAGCCCGCUCUGUGUGAUCACAAACCGCGCCCCGCCCAGCACUGCCAAUGGGGUUCCAGCCGCUGCUCUGCUCUGCGCCCCUGGCCCCGAGCCCUCUGUGGACGCCAGGGAGAAGAGGAGGUCGUAUCUGACUCCCGUCCGGGACGAGGAAGCAGAGUCCUUACGGAAGGCGCGCUCCAGACAGGCUCGGCAGACUCGAAGGUCUACCCAAGGCGUAACCCUCACGGACCUUCAGGAAGCGGAAAGGACAUUCAGCCGGUCGAGGGUAGAGCGUCAGGCUCAGGAGCAGCCCAGCCUGAAGCCCGGGAGUCCCGGAGCGCUCGAGGGUGGCCCCCGGAAGCUCGAGUCCCUGGCGGCCCCCGCCCAGGACGCCGAGGAGAGCCAUCAGCCCUGGGUCCGGAGCCCAGAGGGAGAGCCAGUGUAUCAUCCCCUGCGGUGUCCAGCUCAGCCCGACCAGCCCACAGCGCCAGCGUCCCCUUCUGCCCCGAGACCCUCGCUCUACACCAGCUCCUACCUGCUCCGGACGGGUGGGUCCUCCGCCCCCGACUCGCAGAGCUCAGAGCCCCCCACAGGCACUGCCGGGCCGCGGGACAUGGACACAAACGAGGGCGAAGCAGCAGAGCCAGGCGACCAGCCCUCCGGCCGGCUGUCCAUCCGCGAGAGGCGGCGGCCCCGGGAGCGGCGGCGGGGCACAGGCAUCAACUUCUGGACGAAGGACGAAGAUGAAACGGAAGUCCCGGAAGAGGUGAAGAGAGCAUGGCAUGAACGACUCUCUAGGCUGGAAUCUGGAGGCAGCGACACGUCCACUGAGCGACCCUCAGCCCGAGCCCGCCGCGAGGCCCGCCUGGCCACCCUGAGCAGCCGCGCGGAGGACGACAGCGGCAGGGACUACAGGAAGCUCUACGAGAGUGCCCUGACCGAAAACCAGAAGCUGAAGACAAAACUUGAGGAGGCCCAGCUCGAGCUGGCAGACGUGAAGUCCAAGCUUGAGAAGAUGGCACAGAAGCAAGACAAGGUCCCUGACCGGUCGUCGGCACUGGAGACGGAGAAGCGGGAGAGGCGGGCCCUGGAGCGGAAGAUGUCGGAGAUGGAAGAGGAGAUGAAGGUCCUGACGGAGCUCAAGUCCGACAACCAGAGGCUGAAAGACGAAAACGGAGCCCUCAUCAGAGUCAUCAGCAAACUGUCCAAGUAGGCCCGGCCGGGGCUGACGGGGGGCUCGUGUCCGUGUCCGUGCCCGUCUGUGCUCGCCGGCCGAGCCGGGACCUGCCUCUGCUGUCAGCCGCCGCCGUACCCUCAGCGGGCCCCCAGCACCCUCGCCGGCUCAGACAGUUCCCAUCAAGGCACCACGGCGACCCUCAGCGACUGGGCAUCCGGAGGCGGCUUGGGGUUGCCAGGCCCGCCUCAGACCCGGCCUCCUGCCACCCGCCCGCUCGCCCAUGUGGCGCCUGACCUGGGCGGUGAGCCCCCCGCACCGAGAGCUCCGACCCCGGGACGCCCGGUCCGAGGUAACGGCGGCUCCGUGAGGGGCCCGCUCGCCCCUGCCUCUCAGGACCUGACUUUGCUCUGAGUCCACGCGGAGAUGCUGAUGGUGGCGGCGUUUCCACCAGCCUCCUGGUGACGUGACUGUUGCAGCGCCCGCCCGAGCUCGGGUGACCGCGUCUCUUAGGCCCACGCUCAUACCCCGUUUCUGUGCUGGCCCUGUCCUCCGUGUGUCCCCGCUGCGCGUGCCCGGGGUGCAGACGCUGGCCAGGCCCCGCGAAGCCGGGCCGGGCUCUCAGCCCGCCUAUCCCCCCGUCACAGCAGCUGCUUCACCAGAAAACCUGCCUCGGUUCCCUUGACCUGAUUUCCCAUCCUGAGGGCUUGUGAAGGGCAUGGGGCGGGCUGAUGGAGGCGGACGUGAGUGGGGUCCAUGCCAUCGUAACAAGGAGCCUCCAGGACAGCUGACUUGGUGACUGUUGGCGUGUCUGGGGAGAGGCACUCGCUUGCUUAGGAGCAGCAGUGAGUCCAGGCUCUGGCAGGGGCAAGGUCCCGCUCCAUAGCCGUGUCCAGGGACCCCACCUUGGGUCAGGGAGCUUUGGGGGUUGUGCCUUGAUCACUGGAAAGUUGGGAGACGCUGAUAGCCAGAAAGGUUCCUGGUGGGAGCGGAGGUCUUCCUGAGGCCCCCUGUGACAUGCCAGCCCUGCCGUGCAUAGUUGGGGACCCUGAGCUCCGUCCGCACAUGGCCUGCUCUCCUUGCUCACUACUCGUCCCGUCACAGCCUCCUCCCCCAGACAGAAGCCUGGACGGACCACCCCCUUGGUCCAGCACAGAGUUCGGGCGUGAGUCCUUGGUGAUGCCUUGGUGUCAACACUUACACGUGUGCUUUCUGUCGGAGUUUUGUCCCUCGGCUGGUGUGAGCAUGCAGGUCAGCUUUGGGGCUGCUUUUGACAUCCAGUGUGAAGUUGUCAGCAGACACUACCUGUCUGUCAGAAACCAGAGUGCCCCAGCUCCUCUGUGGCCCUCAGAAGCUCCCCGUACUCCUUAACCCAGAGCUAUGAUCGAUCAAAGUUCCAGUUCCAGAUAGGAGGUCUGUCUUCUGGGGCAAAAUUGCUUUCUCAGGGCGUGCAGACCCUCCCCAUGCGCACGAUGAGGGAUCUGACGGUGGGAAUGGGCGGGCCAGGGGUGACGCCGCGUCAGAGGAAGCUCCAGUGUUCAAUGCAGCACCCCUUUGUUCUGGGGGACCCCGCAGGGGCCCUUGACUCUGACCGCUGACCCAGGCACGGGGCUGGCUCUCAGGAGGAGGAGGCUGAGUGGGAGGGGUCACCCUGCCCUUCUCGCGUUGGGCAGAGUGGGCAGAGGGGCUCCGGCUGGGCCUUCUGGGCCACGGGCGCCUCCUGCAGCCCUCAUGUGUCAGACAGGCCCCAGCUCGGGAGGGCGGGCCCUGUGGCUGGUCUCAGGCCUCACCAGCUCACUCUAGGAGACCAUGAAUCAGGUCUCCUUCCAGGCCAUGCGGGUCUAAGGUGGUGGCCAGGGCCUCCUCACUGCCCCUGGGGCUCCACCUCGUCACCGCAGCGCCUGAGCAGGAGGUCAGCGGCUGGGAGGCUCCUCGUCAUCGCUGGUUUGCGGUUUUCAGGGAGGCCGCCUGUCCAGGCCUGAUGACCAGGCCUCCGGCUGCAGCCUGGCCACUUCGCCAUCCCGUCCCUGAGGCCGCUGCUCCUGGACGCAAGGACCGGGGCCUCCGGCUCCCCCUCCUCCCGCAGGGCCUUGGCUUCCCCCUGCCCCCACCGCCUGCCUCAGGGAGGGGUCGGGCUGUCAGAGCAGCCCCCCGCCCCACCUGAGUGUGGGCUGCCGGGAUGGACCCAGCAGCCCGUUUCCGCCUCUGGUUCCCAGCCAGGCUGCUGGCGCAGGGGCCCGACGGGGUGGGCGCUGCUGCGGGUGCGAGGCAGUGGGGACAGCACGGAGGGGCUUCCCGGGGCUCCAGCCCGCAUGCCUCUGACGGGAAGCAGGGAGGGCCCAGCUCCACCCGGCGGGGGAGCCCUGGCGCCCCCGCCUCUGGCGGUGGGCGUGGGUGGUCCUCCCGGUCAGGGCCCAGUGGGCAGCACCGAGCGCUGUCCCCAUGCUGAGCUUCAGGGCAGGUGUCAGUACCUGGGAGGUGAGUCCUCGGGCACUGUGAGAAGGCAGGGGCGCGGCAGAAGGAAGCGGCUGGAAGGACAGGGUCGGGCAUCGGGGCCUUGGGGCUGGGCCUGCCCUGGGCAGCCGUGCCGCUGUGCUGGGCUGGGGUCGGGUCUUCCAGACCUGAGAGUCCGUGAUUUUUUUGAUUCCUAAGGAGACCAGAUAAUUUCUCACACUCAGAUUUUGCUUGUUCUAACGUCAUAAAUUCUUGUUUUCUUCUCCAUUCAAACUGUUUAAGUGUUUAGGCGGGAGAGUGAAUUCAGCGUGGAGGGCAGUGGCUGUACCCGCUGGUGGCCGGGCGAGCCUCUGGAUGAACGGCCCUCCCAGAGCGGGUGUGGCUCCUGGUGGCCCUGGGCCGCGUUUCUCCCCAGCGGCCGCCCGUCUUAGCUCUGCCUUAGGCAGGCAGAGGACCUUCCUGGGUGGGAACCAGCCUCUCCUGGGGGCUGUCGGGACUGCACCCGGGCUGUCCCGGGCCCAGGUCCCUGCCCGGAGCAGGGCUGCAGGAUGGAGCGUGCAGCCUCCUUUGAGGACUGCGUCUGUCACCUGUGCUGACUCCUGGGGGCCUGGGAGCUGUCGCUGUCACGGCUCCUGGGGAGUGAGCGGGAUCUGGAGUGAGGAAAGGCCAGACAGAGGCGGCGCCGCCUCCUGGGAGGCCGGGCUGGACGGCAGGUUGGGGAGAAGACUGCAGACAGAAGCCGCCGAGAGUCUGGUCCCCCUGAGGGGUGCUGCGCUCGGGGGUCGCUCUUGCUUCCAGCCUGCGUGUAGCGUGUUUGCUGCUUGGAGACGGCACAGCCUCAGCCCGGCUUCCUCCGGCUCUGUUAACUCACUCUUUGCCCCCCGCCGCCCCUCUCCUCUCGGGCCGCUCGGGUUCCUCUGCUCGCUGACAGGGACUCCAGAGUGGUCUUUGCCUUGGGUGGCCGCUUAAGGUGGCCUCGGGAGGCGCCUGUGUGCUUCCGGAACAGACAUGCCUUUCACCCUCCCCCGCCCUCAUCAUCUUCACGCUCAGUCUUUACUUUUCUCGGAGCCCAUGGUGCUCAGAGGAGGGGUGGUUUUCCUCGAGUCGCCCCAACUUGGGUUACAAAGCUCCCUGCUGCGCAUGUUCCCUGGGCCGGAGGCCUGGCCUGGCAGGGGCCUGGGGGCGGCCCUGCUUCCAGCUGGAGGCGCCUCGGUGGUCUUGGGUGCUGGCGGGGCUCCGGGCUCCACCCUCUCCACCCCACCAGCCAUCCUGGGAGGGAGGACCGGCCUCGAGCCAGGCCCCCUGGAGGCGGGGCCCUCCGAGCUCCCGAAAAGCCGGCUGUCUGGUCGGGAGGGAAGACUGUGUCCCCCACAACCCGCCGCGAGGGGCUCUGCCUCAGGCUGUGGCUCUGGUCCCCAUCGUCCCCCCCCGUCCCCUCUGCGGCCUUGGCCGACUGGGUGGAGCACACGUGUGAGAACCUCCCUGGGGUCCCCACGCCCCCGCCCGUCACCUCACCCCCCAACUCCUCUGAGACAGCAUCUCCGUGUACACACACCGGGGGGACGGGCUCAGAGAGGGGCCCAGAUGCACUUCGUGAGCUGAAUGUAUUUUUAUGCAACUUUUGAGUGGCCUUUCAACCCUGAGGUGAAUGGUUUUGUUUUACUGGUUGUUGUUAUAUAGUAUUAUUAAGUAUUCUGUGUUUGAAAGUUUGGGAAUAAUAAUAUUCACGUCUGUAUGAUGCCUGUAAACACAACAGUAUUUAUAAAUGAGUAAAUUAAAUUGUGUUUUAACUUUG